AUGAUAUCCUCGCGCGGACUGGCUAGAGAGCCAGCUAGACAGCUGCUUUCCGCAGCCUUCAGAUCACCACAGCUGUCCCGACCGUCCCCGUCAUGGAUAGGCCUCCGCCAGAGCUCACGCAUACUACAACGACAGCAGCAGUCAACAAUAUCAACAUCCUCUCCCGUUAGAUAUAUCCGCCCUCAGUUUUCAAGAAGACCAUAUACACACCGACCAUUCACUCGCUCGAACUCUACAAACAGCAACAACACUGCAAAACCCUCGUUUUCACAGCGCAUGCGCACGCUUUCCCGCGAAUAUGGCUGGGCGGCUCUAGGAAUCUACUUCUUCCUAUCAGCGCUGGAUUUCCCGUUCUGCUUCGCUGCUGUGCGGUUGUUAGGCGUUGAUCGCAUAGGACAUUAUGAGCAUAUCAUUGUGGGAUCCGUGAAGGAUGCCAUAGCGAAGAUAUGGCCUAGCAAAGAAGGGGAUGCGCCUCCUCGACCAGAAGAAGAAGACGAGAUAGGCAUUGCGGAUGAUAUUGAAGAAGCGCAGAAAGCUGUUAAGGGAGAAGCAAGUAUAUGGACACAACUUGCGCUUGCAUACGCCAUACAUAAGAGCUUCAUCUUCUUCCGAGUACCGCUUACAGCAGCGGUGACACCUAAAAUCGUCAAGAAGCUACGAAGCUGGGGCUGGAAUAUCGGUAAACGGAAACCCAAGAAUUGA